CACACACAGUGUGUUUGCUGGGAAGGGGACAGUCCAGGGGAAACUAGGGAUUACAUUGUCUACCUGUCUGUGAAGGAAAUAUUUUUCCUCUCUGGAAUUUCCAUUAAAGAGAUCUUGGAGCAACAUCUUGAAGGGAGCACCUCUGACCAACCGUUCCUCCCCAUCGUCAGCACCCAGCGACAUCAUUACCAUCACCUGAUCUGCAACGUAGUCUUUUCUGGCCAUCUGCGUCGUCACUUGUCAGACACAUUGACACAUUUGUCAUCAUCCAGGAGACCAUGAGCAGCACCUACAGCGCCACUCUCUUAGGCCCUGCCCCCUGGGGCUUCAGGCUGCAGGGCGGGAAGGACUUCAACAUGCCCCUCACCAUCUCCAGGCUGACGGAUGGUGGGAAGGCGGCUAAAGGUGGCAUCGCUGUGGGAGACAUGGUUCUGUCUAUCGACGGCAUCACCACGGAGGGCAUGAACCACCUGGAGGCCCAGAACAAGAUCAAGAGCUGCACUGGAAACCUCAGCCUCACCCUGCAGAAGGCCUCCAGUGUUCCUAAACCUCCUCCUGUGGCACCGAAGGACGACAGAUCAGACAUCAUAAAACCAGUGGCCCUCACUCAUCCACCUCCACCACCCGAUCCCCACUCCUCCAGCCCCUCCACCGUCCCCUACAACAAGGCCCCCAGGCCUUACGGGGGUUGCGGAACAGAGCGCGAAUACCCUCCUCCUCCCCCUUUUGCUCCCUUCAUCCCAUCCCCAUCCUCUGCCUUCACUCCCGCCUCCUCCUACGCCAGUCCUCCUCCUCCUCCUCCACCUCCUGUCUCUUACCCAUCCUCUUCCUCCUCCUCCUCCUCGCCCCCUGUCCUCGUUCCGCCCCAGCCAUCAGUGUAUAACACACCAAUCAACCUCUACUCCACCGAGAACGCAUGUGAGGUGGCCAUGGGGCAGAGGCGGGGCCUAUUGGAGAGUCAGGGCGGAGCCUUGCCUCUGCAGUUGAAUGGAGUUCCCAGGAAACACGUCGUGGACACAGACAUCCACUUUUACCAUGUGCCCACUCAUGCUGAUGCCAGCAGGAAGCGCAUAACGGAGGACACAGAGGACUGGCGCCCGCGCACCGGCACCACCCAGUCCAGAUCUUUUAGGAUUCUGGCUCAGAUCACCGGCACCGAGAAUGUUCAAGAAGAGGAAGCUGACACAGCCAAGAAGACAAAUGACGAGGGAGAGCAGCCAGAACUCAACAGCCAUGAGUCUGCAGUUGUCAAGACUAUGAUCAAAGGACCUGCUGCAACCCAGGGCCGCGGCCCACAGGCUGGUUUGAUCACCCCAUCAUUUGGCAUGAAGGGGAAUGGAAGUGCCAGUGUCCCUAGGGGUCCUGUCCCAGCCCGACCUGUACCUCAGCCCCACCCUAAAGACGAGGACACCCUGGUCCAGAUGGCAGAACACAUCCCAGCUGGGACUCGUACGCCCAUGUGUGCCAACUGCAACAUGGUCAUCAGAGGGCCAUUUCUGGUAGCGAUGGGGAAGUCGUGGCAUAAGGAGGAAUUUAACUGUGCUCACUGCCGCACGUCCCUGGCAGAUACCGGCUUUGUGGAAGAACAGGGAUCUGUCUACUGUGAACACUGCUAUGAGGACUUCUUCGCUCCAACAUGCAGCCGCUGCCAGGCCAAGAUACUGGGGGAGGUGAUAAAUGCCCUCAAACAGACGUGGCAUGUCUACUGCUUUCUGUGCGCUUGCUGUCAGCAGCCAAUCAGAAACAACACCUUCCACCUGGAGGAUGGAGAACCGUACUGUGAACAAGACUUCUACAGUUUGUUCGGGACCGGCUGCCAUGGCUGCGAGUUCCCCGUCGAAGCCGGAGAUAAGUUCCUGGAGGCCCUCGGCUACACCUGGCAUGACACCUGCUUUGUCUGUGCUGUGUGCUGCACCCCUCUGGAAGGCCAGACCUUCUUCUCCAAGAAAGACAAACCUCUUUGCAAGAAACAUGCUCACACACUGAAGAUAUGAAUCUUGGACUUUCCUUACAAUUUUCUAGCCAUAUAUAGUGUCUUGGUUGGGGGUGGGGGUGGGAAAGCCUCUUCAUAGCAGUUAGGUCAUACAACAAUAAAACUCAAGCAAUACAAGCAUGGACUCUUGUUCCAGACCCAUUGUUAAACAUAAUCUACUUCUGUCAUCAUAUUUCCAUUAUAAGUAGCACUUAUAGCACUAUAAGUUGCACUAAAGGAUCACUGUUUUUAUUUACCUGUUUUUACCAAAAAAAGAAAACUCUGAAAGAAGCAGAUCUGUUUUAAGUGAUUUUCAUCUGAAUUUGAUUUUCUGAUGCAUCCAAAAGUAGAACGGUGCAGCUGAUGUGUACAAUGACUAUGAAUCACCUACAUCACCUACUUACUAAUAGUUUUUAUUUCUUAAUUCAGAGUUUAACCUUGAGUUUCUCAGGAGCAUCAAAGUGAGAUCGUCACAUUUCCUAUUGUAAGUCAGUGUACCUGAACCUGUGAAAUCACACAACAGUUGUAAUAAGACCAUAAAAAUAUAUAUUCAUACUUCUGCUGUAUGCUUACAGAGAGAGUAUUAGACUGUUAUCUUCUAAGCAGGGGUUUUUGUUAGUGUUCAUGUUUGUGUAGCUGUAUUCAUAUUCAGCAACCUGAUCAGCAGCUAUUAACACAAGCUCAAGAGAAUACUAGCCAUCCAAUUUCCUGUGUCAGACUUUGUUUAUUUGGUCGGUGUGCUCUUUGCUGUACAAACAUGUCUCAACCAUAUCUGAAGUAUGAAAAUCUGUAUCAAAGCAUUUGUAGUGCUAGUUGUUGAGCUGGAUGUCUGCAGUGAUGGUGAAAGCUGUUGCCUUUGAUCAGUGCUUAGAACUAUUUGAACUCUUUCUGUAUGUUUUACAUGAAUUCUGUGUAUUUUAUUUUAUAUUUGUCAUGUGAACUGUUACCAUUGAAAAGUAGUAUGACUUUGCAACAGUGAGGCACUCGUGAUCUUGAAUUUAUUAGAGAACAGAAUUCACCCUAAAUAUAACUUAAAUAAAUAAAUACACGUACAAAACAAAUGUAUAUUAUGUAUAAUUAUGGGAGGAUCCAGGGGCAGGGCGGGGCCACAGGGGCACUGACCGCAGCUGAAACCUGAUUGGCCCCUGAAGUGCCCCUGUCCUGUCACUCUUCUUUUGAUGCUUUACAGAUGAGUAAAUGUCAUAAAUUAUAGCACCUAAAAUAACUUCUUGAAAAUAUAGUGAUGCUGCGUUUUGGUCGGGUAAUAAUGGGAAAGAUUCCUGGAUGCAGCUUGGAUGUUAAUGAAAAUCGUAGUUAUGAGCGGAGACUGGUAAUUCCGCUGUGUAGUGAACGCCACAUGAGACUGUACUGAUGGCUGAGGGGAACAGCAGCACACAGAAGCUUCAUGGUAAGUUAUGAUUCCCCACAUUAGUUUUCGUUUCUACUCAUAUUAGGCGAUGUGUUGGUCUUCACAGAAGGGCACUAGCUUGUCUCCAGUUACUCUGAGGGUUCAAAUGACAACUCACUUGACCAACCAAGAUCUGCCAUUUGAAGCCCACCAACCAGAGCAGCCAGUAACAGACUGAGUUAAAAAGAACGGCCUCCUUCUCCCCUGCGUGUGAAGGUCUAGCCAAUCACAGCCGAUUUUACAGAUGACUGACGCUUCGAAUAUGAAAUUGAAUGAAAUGUUGAACAUGGCGAUAUGCUACAUCAGAGGGGUAAUUUACAUUUCCAGACACAAAUAUGGAUAUUACACACAAUCUGAAGUGAUUGACAUAGUAAAUGGCCUCAGUAUAAAGAUAUAUGGUCAAAAUAUUAAUACAGAUACCUUAAGUAUGAAUAUAGAUGGCCAAAAUUUAGAUUUUAUUCAGAUAAAUGUAGAGAUUUCUGUCGAUAAAUUUAUAGGUGUUGCCUUUUUUUUGGAGGACACCUAAAUAUAUCAUUAGAGAAAACAUGAAAAUAAUCAGUUUCUGUAGUAAAAAAAUAAAAAAUGUUGAGGCGGGAAAAAAAACCUUCAGUGUGUUCAAACUUCUAUUACUCAAUGCCAGCAGCACUUACAGUGAUUCUGGUUCAGAGUAAAAGUUCAGAGUGUUACCUUUCAAAAGAGACCAAAACCAUGCACGUACUCCAAAUGGUUGAGGAGCAGCUCUCAGCUGACUGUGGGUGUCCCUUUGAUAGGUGUUUUAGGCGAAUUUUCACUGGACUGUUAAGGAGUUAAAAUGCAAUAAAUAUGUGAAUUGUUUAGACUUUUUAUUUCCUCUGCUUUUUUGAAGUACUCCAUGUGUGCUGAGCAUGGCUCAAUUUGCAAAAUAUAUUCAAUGAUAUGUGUCGUCACUCAAAGUUACAGAGUCACCGGCAAACGAGGAAUGACUGGUGAAACGUACAUAAGGAAAUCUGCACGGAUGUUGGGCAGAUACUCGCCCCUUGGUGUAAAAUGUGGCUCCUUUAUGGCUUCUGUUUUAGAAAAAUCCCAGAUUUGGUCCUGAUUUAUGUAUUUCUGCUCACUAUAAGCACUGCGAACUUUUAUUUACUUGUGUUUCAUAAUGGUCUUUCUGGUCUGGCCUGCAGGAAAAUAAGGUCAAAGUUUGGAUACUAUAAUCUUUAUGUAGUUAUCUGUAUAUUUUAUUUUGUUCAUAGAGAAGAGAAAAGUCUUAACUGAAGAUAUGUAUUGAAUUGUUGUUUGGAUAACUGGCUUUUUGCUUUUCAGGGGCGAUGCAAGCAAAUAAUUGUUUCAUGGUUUUAGUUUCUCACUUGACUGUCCACUAACCAUCCACCACCAUUUACCAGAACAAAUGGUGACACAACUCGUCAUUUCACAUAAUUAUCAUAAAAGACAGCUGGGUUGAGUACAGUGUUAAGUGGCAAACAAACAUGGAAAAAUACUUAAUUUUCACUGACAAAAUGACGAUCUGACCCAUCAAAACUAUCCAAUAAAUUAUAUUCUU